GGAUAUGCCUCUUCAACUAAUAAAGGUCAUCAAUGGGAUGCCUGAAGUUCAGUUACCAAGCCACUUGCAGAAAAUAGUUUUGAAAAACCUACAGCUCGAUGGUGAUUAUGCCAACAAAUAUGUCCAGUACUUACUGCUUAGCAACAUUGUCCUUUGGAGAAACAAACCACAUAGACUUAUAUUUAAUCACUUGUUUAAGGGCUUUCAAUCAGGGGACAGUUUUGUAUAGCUACACUUUAACCUAUCUCGGAAAUGGAAAAGCCUUUUUGAAGAUUGUACUACAAGAGAAAGAAAAGUCGCAUCAAGAGAUCAACACUAUCAAUAUAUUAUUCUAUGGAAAGUUGGCAGAGCAUUGUGCCAAAGCUGUUUGUCAAGGGGAUGUUCUUGUGGUGACUGGAUUUGAUUUGGCUGAAUCCUCCUCUACAAGUAAAGAUGACAGACACAGUCUUCACUUGGAAGUAUCUGAAGAUAUUGGAUCAGUUGUUUAUGUUUAUGUUAAGUCGGGGAUAGAUACUCCGUCAGAAGCUACAUCUUUGGCUGUGGCACCCAAAUAUACAUACACACCUCUUAAUCAACUUAAAGGUGGAACAGUGGUCAACAUCUAUGGAAUUGUGAAGUUUUUCAAGCCCCCAUACCGAAGCAAAGGAACUGAUUACUGCUCAGUGGUAACUGUUGUGGACCAGUCAAAUGUCAAGUUAACUUGUAUGCUUUUUAGUGGAAAUCUUGAAACACUUCCAAUAAUCUACAAGACUGGCGAUAUCGUUCGAUUUCACAGAAUAAAGAUCCAAGAAUACAACCAUGAGAUUCAGGGUGUUACCACCGCAGGCUUUGCAGCCAUAACAUUUGAGGGAACUUUGGGAACCUCCAUCAAGCCUCGCACUUCCAGCAAAACUUACAAUUUCACCCUCGAGGAUGAGAAGACCGUGGAAGCGCUCCGUAUCUGGGCAGCCAAUCAUCUUUCCCCACCCGGGCCAAUGGUCACGCUGUCCCAUGUCCAGCCAUUGCAGUUUUUCGACCUGACAUGUCAGCUGGUGGGGAAGGCAGAAGUGGACGGGUCUUCAAUUCUCCUCAAGGUAUGGGAUGGCACCAAGGCUCCAUACCCAUCUUGGAAGGGCUCUGUUGAAGACCAUGCCCUUGAAGGUGAUGCAGUUCUUCUCCGUCAGCUGAAAAAUCUAACAGUAGACAUUCUAGUUUAUGACAACCAUGUUCCAGUGGCAAAAUCAUUGAAGGUUGGAAGUUUUCUCCGCAUUUAUAGUCUUCAUGCAAAAAUUCAUCAAGUCAAUCCUGAGAACGAGGCAAAUAGCUCCUACCUAGAAUUUCACCUGCAUGGGGGCACCUGCUAUGGUCGAGGAAUCAGAGUCCUGCCAGAAAGUAACUCUGAUGUCAAAGAGAUGCAAAAAUGUAUGGAUUCUUUGGAUUUGACAGCAUACCAGUGUUUGAACAGCGUCCCGCCAAUAGAGCCUGAUGACAGUUUAAGCAAUUUUUCGAGCCAAGGAAUAGUAUCACCGAAUGAUAUGGAAAGAUGUCAACAGCUGUCUGCCACAGUCCUAACAGCUCACCAGCAUCUGGAGACAACAUCAUUAAAUGUGAUUUUGAAAAAUGAAGCUCCUCAGCAGUAUCGCAUCAGAGCAAAAAUGAGAACUUUUAAACCCCAGAAGCUCUAUCAGUCUGUUAAACUGUACUGCCCAAAAUGCCACUCAUUGCAAGAGGUCCCCGAUGAGAGUGAUUUUGAUUUAAUUUUGCGAGAGAGUGCUGCAAAGAGUCCAAAUUCCAAACUACAAAAUACAUCGUUGUAUGAUUCAGACAUGUGGAAUAUCAAAAAUGGAGAAAGAAAAGUAGCAAUUCAUUUUGUAAAAAAUAAUGGAAUUCUCCAAAAUCCUGAAGACAGCUUGAUUUUGACUGAAGGAGGAACGCUAAAUGAAAUCUGCAAACUCUCCAGGAAAUUUCAAAGCGUUAUUCCUGUGAUAUCUGGUGAGGAAGACCUCCUGCUCCUAGACCUUGCAGCACCAUUCCUAAUCCAAGGCAAAACAUGGCACUAUGGGUGCAGACUGUGUUCUAAUCUAAAGACUAUACAGAAUCUGAAUUCACUUGUUGAAGAAGCAGCAUGGGCGCCUGCUGCUGUUGCCCAAGUUUUGGGUAUCGAACCACUCCUAUAUGUCUUUGUUAUGAAGUUUACUCUUGAUGAUGGAACAGGAAAGCUGGAAGCUUAUCUGAUGGACUCUGAAAACUUCUUUCAGAUUCCUGCAUCAGAGAUUCUGGCCAGUAAUGACCUUCAGAAAAAUCUGGAAAUGAUCAUGAGUAUGCUUUGUCCACCAGGAAAAAAAAUAGAUGCCCACCCUUGGCUGGAAUGCUUCAUCAAAUCUUAUAAUGUCAGAAAUGGCAAGGAAGAGCAAGUUUGCUAUCAAAUCUUUGACACUGUAGUUGCAGAAGACUUUAUCUAGUGUUACAGUUGACAGGAUUUCCAAAGUGGUAAAUGUAUAAAAGCAUCACAUUCUGGUUUCUAGGGAAAGUGUGACUGUUUCAUCUCUCUAUAUAUACUGUUAAUAUAUUGUAAAAUAUUUAUCCAAAUGGAUUUUAUUAUUAAAAGAAUUUUG